GGUGUUGGGUGUGGGUGUUGCUUAAUUUUCAUUAAAGCCAACGAUACAACAAACAUUACAAACCAUAUCCGAAUAACUGUCACUCUAUGAAUAAUCAUCGGCAAUUAAGGUGGAUUUAUACUAUAAAAACACAAGACAGACCGGCAUCAAAGGUAUAUAUUCAUGUAAUUUCUGUACCAUGUUACUUUCUAAUUAAAACUCGAUCUUAAGCACGAGAAAUUUUAGCGUGAUAAUAUGAUUCUAUUUACGAGGCCUCGCAUUAGAAUUUUAAACGAACGAAAAAUUCAUGUCUGUCGGAAACCAGGAUUUAUCGCGUGGUCAUUGCUUGGUCUGUCUACAAUUAUUUUCAUCGAAAUAGUUCGUCAUCUGUCGGACAGUUUUCUUUAUCCGAUUAGUUUACUUUUGGGACAAAUCAUGUUCAGUCUGGAUGCGUUUGGAGAAUGGCAGGAUUUAUUAUUAGAUAAAGACAUGAACAAUGUUGUAAUUAAAAAAUACAGUUGGACGGAUAACUUGUACUCGAAAGCAUUCUACGAUUCGUGCAUUGUAAUGAAACUUAACGAUAUAAGAUAUGUUGGAGUUUCUGUCAAUACGGGACUCUUUAUCAUUAAUCAAAAUGGGGAGACAAUCUCUUUAAGUAUGCAAGGCUUUGCAAGGGAAGAACUACAGAAACUUAAAGGAGAGAUAAAUCACUUCUUAAAUGUAAACAAAAUUAAAUUGCUUGUCUCUGUUAGUAAAAAUAGUUUGAACCGAUCGUUUUCAAUCGCAUCUAAUACAGACUGUAUACAUUGUACACAAACUAAACUAACGCGAUAACGAUA